AAACUGCUCAACAGCAGGGGACUCCGCACAAAACAAUGAUGUAUCUGAAUUCGCUCAAUCCUGACGCCUUUCUGUGUGAUAAAGCCAAGGACCUGCGAUCUUCCAUCAGCACCUUCAUUCAUAAAGUGGACGUCGGCCAUAAGCUUGUCCCAUCGGGCUUUUACAAAAAGAAGGACGGUCACAGAAACUGCGUGAAGGAAGCCAUGAAGUGGAAAGAAUCAUUCAGUCAACUCCUCAGCAGCAAAGAUGGGCUCGCAGCUUUCCGCAACUUCCUGAAAACAGAGUUUAGCGAGGAGAAUCUGGAGUUCUGGGUAGCCUGUGAAGAAUACAAAAAGACGCCUUCAACCAGCAAACUUCCUGCCAAAGCUCAGUGCAUAUUUCAGGAAUUCCUGCAGACUGGAGCCCCACGAGAGGUCAACAUUGACCAUCAGACCCGAGAGCAGACGCGCCAGAAAAUUGCACUCGCCAGUCGCAAUUGCUUUGACGGUGCACAAGAACAGACCCGCAUUCUGAUGGAAAAAGACUCUUACCCACGCUUUCUAAAAUCCAACAUCUACCAGCAACUGCUGGCCCAGUCAUCUAUUAAGAAAAUAAAGUUCUCCUUCACAUGAACGAAGACCAAGUGUUUGGAAGUAAGCUACGACAUUGAGACCAGAGCUCAGUUCCAGUGAUCUAGAACCAGGUUCAUGACAUCACCCCACAACCACGUGUGUCCUGGAGCCUGGGCGCUGAUUGAGAAGACUUUAGAGCAAGGUCCAUCCGUGAAGAUGAGCCUGAGACAGUAGAACAGAGAAGACGGUAUAAAGAAUGGCAUUUGCUAGUCCUAGUCCAAUCCAAUUUCCUUGGCACCAGUCAAGAAGAUGCCAUGUCACGACUGUGCCUGCCUAGACAAAUCCCUGUAACCUUUUAUGUUCAUAGGGGGAACGUUUACAGGAUUGAGAUGCAUGAGACUAGAACUUGAAAUGGUGUGAUUCCUAGCUGAUGUGCUAAUGUUUGUGCAAUGCGUCUGUGCUGCUAAGUGUCACAUCCUCCCACAGCUGUAGUUUUUUUCCUAUAGCCGGGGAAGGGGGGGAAAGAAAAUUCUGUUUUUCUUACUGUUGCUAUGUAGAUAAUUUAUCAAGUGUCUGGAAAUGUGUUUUCACUUGGGACACAAUGGAU